AGUGAUCACAUAGGCUACUGAAAACUUUGUUAGCUACCUGCUAACUUCGCUCAAUCGUAUGUUUGGAAAUGUCACUGGCUUGAAGCAGCGCGACGGAAAUGCUCCAAAAUUUCCCCUUUUUCCAGCAACUUGUGACUUCACCCCCACGAUAAAAUGAUGGACUGCCUCGCAGAGGAUGAUGGAGACAGUUCCGUGCUGCAGAACAGCAAAAGUCACAUCACAGCACGGGUGCAACAGUUCGUGGAGGAGAGGAUGCAGACCACCAUGCUCACCGGUGUACUGAUUGGAGCUGCAGUCGCAGUCUCGCUGAUUGGCAUUGUGGUCCUGUUCCUUAACAGGAGAUUCAAGCUUGCUCGUGAACAACAGCCUGGUGUACCUCACUAUCGCUUCAGAAAAAGAGAUAAAGUGCUCUUCUAUGGAAGGAAGAUAAUGCGAAAGGUCCAAACGCUGUCCUCGAUUCCUCCCCCAACUUCCACCUCAGUAUCAAAACAACCACAGCGCAUCCGCAAAAGGACCAAAGUUCUGAGCAUAGCUCGCAAAAUCCUUAGGAUCCGUAAAGACCCUCCCACCCUGCAGCCCAAGGAACCCCCUCCCUCGCUGCUGGAGGCUGAUCUAACAGAGUUUGAUGUGCAGAGCUCAAACCUGCCUUCUGAGGUCCUCUACAUGCUGAAGAAUGUCAGGGUCUUGGGUCAUUUUGAGAAGCCCUUGUUCCUGGAGCUGUGUCGCCACAUGGUGUUUAUUGAGCUGCAGGAGGGCGAAGGUCUGUUCAGACCAGGAGAUGAUGAUGAUAGCAUCUAUGUGGUCCAGGAUGGACGACUCGAGCUGUGUAUCCAGGAGAACGAUGGCACAGAACCACUGGUGAAGGAUGUGCACCCAGGAGACAGCGUCCACAGCCUGCUCAGUAUUCUGGACAUCAUCACUGGUUAUCCAGCUCCAUAUAAGACUGUACUGGCACGGGCUGCAACUCGCUCCACCAUAUUACGUUUACCUGCAUCAGCCUUUGAGUCUGUAUUUAAGAAAUACCCAGAGACGCUUGUGCGCGUCAUUCAGAUAAUCAUGGUUCGCCUCCAAAGAGUCACCUUCUUGGCAUUACAUAACUAUCUGGGCCUAACAACUGAGCUCUUCAAUCCGGACAGCCAGGCGGUGCCCUUGUCCAAUAUAAACAGUGUUAUGGGAGAGGCAAAUUCUGGGAAGACAACUCGUCGUCUGCAUUUCCAGGACGAAUUAUCUACCGGGGCCACAGAGAGCCCUGCAGAGACAGAUAGUGUAAAGGACAGCCCUCCAAACAGCUACAGGAAGUUACGUUCCGUCUCGAUGCCCACCGACUGCACAGGUGGGGGUAAUGACCUCAACAUGGCUUGUGAACGAGCACGGGUCACUAUAGACGAGGCUCCAUCCAGUCCUGUCAUUCAAAAAUCCAGUCUGAAGAAGAGUGUGACAAUGCUGCACACACCCUCUGAAGUGUUUCACUACACGGACAGUGGAGGGCACUCUGAUGCCAUCCACCUCAGUAAGAGCAGCACAAUCUUCCAGGCUGCUAAGAAGGACCUGCUGGGAAUCAUCCAGCUGCAGGAUCCAACUCUGCUUGAGGGUAGAGUGACACUUCAUCACGUCAAAGCUGGUUCUGUGGUGGCUCGUCAGGGAGACCAGGAGGUGAGCAUCCAGUUUGUGAUUUCUGGACUCCUCCACGUUUACCAGCGGAUGAUUGACCGAGAAGAAGAGACACGGCUGUUCGUGACACACCCCGGAGAGCUUGUCGGUCAACUGGCUGUCCUGACCGGAGAGCCCCUCAUAUUCACUGUCCGAGCCCAGCGAGACUGCAGCUUCCUCUCCAUUUCCAAAACCCAUUUCUAUGAGAUAAUGCGCGUGGAGCCAAAAGUUGUGCUGAAUGUCGCUCACACAGUGGUGAGGAGGAUGUCUUCUUUUGUCAGACAGAUAGACUUUGCUCUUGACUGGAUGGCCGUGGAAGCUGGCAGGGCUGUCUACAGGCAGGGAGAGAAAUCAGACAGUACUUUCAUAGUGCUGAGUGGUCGACUGCGCUCUGUAAUCAUGAAGGAGGAUGGCAAGAAGGAGCUGAUAGGAGAGUAUGGACGCGGUGACCUGAUUGGAGUGGUGGAGGCCCUGACCCAUCAGAACAGAGCCACCACGGUGCACGCUGUACGAGACUCUGAGCUGGCCAAGCUACCAGAAGGAGCUCUUAGCUCCAUCAAGAGGAAGUUCCCACAGGUUGUCACCAGGUUGAUCCACUUACUAGGACAGAAGAUACUCCAGCAGGUCAAUGGUCCUCUGACAGCUCGCAGUUUAGCCCUCCACACUCCAGGCAGUAAAUGGGAUGCAGGGAACCAAGCCUCCAACCUCUCCACAGUGACGGUCCUGCCUGUAUCAGAGGAGGUACCUCUCACUGCCUUCACCCUGGAGCUGCAGCAUGCACUUAUCGCAAUAGGCCCCACUCUUUUGCUGACCAGUGACAUUAUCAAACAGCGACUUGGAGCUGCAGCGCUAGACAGUGUCCAUGAGUACCGUCUGUCCAGCUGGCUGGGACAACAGGAGGACAUCCAUCGCAUCGUUCUUUACCAGACAGACUACACACUGACCCCGUGGACACAGCGGUGCAUCCGUCAGGCCGACUGCAUUAUCAUCGUGGGACUAGGGGAGCAGGACCCUGUCGUUGGGGAGCUGGAGCGCAUGUUGGAAGGAAGUGCAGUGCGUGCCCAGAAGCAGCUGGUGCUGUUGCACAGAGAAGACGGUCCCCCACCCAAAGGAACUGUGGACUGGCUGAACAUGCGAAGCUGGAUCUCCAGACACCUGCACCUCUCCUGUCCCCGAAGGGUCUUCUCUAAGAGGAGCCUGCCCAAACUGUUGGAGUUGUAUCAACGUGUGUUUGAGAAGCCAGCAGACCGCCACUCUGACUUCUCCCGCCUGGCUCGAGUCCUCACGGGGAAUGCUAUUGCCCUUAUCCUGGGAGGAGGAGGGGCCAGGGGUUGUUCCCAGGUGGGGAUAAUGCGAGCUCUCUGCGAGUCCGGCAUCCCUGUGGACCUCAUUGGAGGCACUUCUAUCGGUUCCCUGAUGGGGGCACUGUAUGCUGAAGACCGCAGCCACAGCCGCAUGAGGAUGAGGGCCAGAGAAUGGGCAAUGGAAAUGACAUCAGUGUUUAAGAAGGUUCUGGAUUUGACGUACCCAGUCACCUCCAUGUUUUCUGGUGCUGCCUUCAACUCCGGCAUCAGCAAUGUCUUCAAGAGUAAACAGAUUGAGGACCUUUGGAUCCCGUAUUUCAAUAUCACGACUGACAUCACCGCCUCGGCCAUGAGAGUACACACUGAUGGUUCUCUGUGGCGGUAUGUUCGUGCCAGCAUGUCUCUUUCUGGAUAUCUGCCUCCUCUCUGUGACCCCAAAGAUGGACACCUACUGAUGGACGGAGGCUACAUCAAUAACCUGCCUGCUGAUGUGGCGCGCUCCAUGGGGGCCAAAGUGGUGAUAGCUAUUGACGUGGGCAGCCGGGAUGAAACCAACCUCACUAAUUAUGGCGACUCACUCUCAGGCUGGUGGCUGCUAUGGAAACGCCUCAACCCCCUAGCAGAGAAAGUCAAGGUGUUGAACAUGGCAGAGAUUCAGACUCGGCUGGCCUACGUGUGCUGUGUGAGGCAGUUGGAGUCUGUGAAGAACAGUGACUACUGCGAGUAUAUCAGACCUCCAAUCGACAGAUAUCGCACGCUGGAGUUUGGCAAGUUCGAUGAGAUUGCUGAGGUUGGAUACCAGCAUGGCAAGACUGUGUUUGACGUGUGGGGUCGCAGUGGAGUGGUGGAGAAAAUGUUGAAGGACAGACACCAGGACUUCCACAACACCCAAAGCAAGAACAGCGUGGUGACAUGUCCCAAUGCCUCCUUCACUGACCUGGCAGAAAUUGUGUCCCGCAUCGAGCCUGUCAAACCUGCCCUGGUGGAUGAGGAGUCAGACUACCAAACUGACUAUGAAGAGGAGGCAGUGGAGAGCGCUCUGUCUGACAUGGAGCUAUACAAUCGAUAUGGAGAGCACACUGAAGGGGAGGAGACUGCAGACACGGAUGAGGAGCUGGAAGGGAGACGUGCUUACAAUAUUACCUCACUCACCAGGAGCCAAACUCAGUCCCCUGCCAUCCCUGACACUCCACUGGACGUGCCGUCAAACCAGGAAGUCCUUUCUAAACAGUCGAUUAAGCGAAGACUGGUCGAAUAAACUGUGCCCAAACAAUUCAACCUAACUGUCUUUGCCACAUUUUACCUUCCAGUCUUUCCCACGUUGACGCAAAACCUAUUCCCUGCCCUGAGACUGUCAGACUAACCGGGAUUACCAUUUUGCCCCCUGUUACCUGGCCUCAUUAGUUGUGUGAUUGAUAACAACUUGACAGCCCCUUUAAAACAAUCUCCGUACAGGCAUCACAACUCAGCUGCAAGUCCAAUGCAUUCCUAGUCUAAACAAAAGCAGCUGCAAUCCCGGUUAUUUCUCAUAUUGAGAUGGUCAGCAUUAGUUUCUGUAGCUUAACAUGAAUCACACCCGUCCAGUGGAAGAUGACGAGAAAAUAGAAGAGUUAAGGAGAUACUAUAUCCAUGAAAUAUAUAUCCCAUGAAAACUAUGACUUUUUGUUAAUUACACUUGGAAAACAGUGUAAUCAAUUUUUAUUUACAAUCAUGAGGAGGGUAGAAUAUUAGAGGGUUAGAGUAUAAUGCAGUCCAAUACAACACAUCACUGACUGACCUCAGUGGUAAAACAUUAUUGACACUGUACCAAGGGUACAUUAAAGGAUAGGGUCAGAUUUUUUAAAAUUCACUACUUGCCUAUAUGAAUGCUGAAUGGUAUUAGUUGGUGUAAUCCUUCUUCUCCACCAUGCUGCCAGCAAAUGGAUGCCUUUCUAGUAUUGUGGGAGGGUAAAUAGAGAUUGAACAAAAAAGUUAUUUGUUAACAGGCACGUGAACCCAGUGAACUGCAUCUCGUAAUAUGCAACUCAUGUCUUAACUGCCCUUGCAAAGUGCAUAGUGAUGGGGUGUGAAGAGGGCUAUUUCAUUCACCAAGUGUGCCAUAAAAAAAAAAAAAAGCUAAAAUGGCUUCAGCAGUCUGAGUUUGACAAAUGAAGUGGGUAUCUUCCAAGGGUAAAGUCUUCAGUACAAAAUCCCCUCUUAGUGUCUUACUUAACAGCGUUUGCCGAGCUGAUUACAGCAACUAAAAACUCAGUGUAUACAAUAGGCCUGUGAGUUUUGUACUGAUGUAUAAAGGAAGACUGAAAAAAGGAGAACCUAUCCUCUAAUGUAUUGUAUGCUCAAUCUUUGUAAUGAUCCUCACCAACACUCACUUGGCAAAUAACACUAAUUUAAAAACAGAAAGAGAGCAAAACAAGCAGCACACUCCACGGCCAUGGCUGUCAGCACAGUUUUGUCAUAGCCAGCGUGCCAGGGACAUGGAGGGAAGUAAUGAUUGCGAUCCACUUCAAAGCACUAGUUUCCCUCUUGGCUGAUGAGAGCCCCCCUCCCCAUCUGUUUUCUAGUUUGAAUCUAUCAGACACAGACUGAGCAGCAGACAGUGGGUGAACUCUGAAGCUCCGCUCAUCUCAGUACAGUUUAUACACAGGGGCUAUUUGCAGCAGCAGGGCCGUUCUUCACAGGAACAUGAUGAAACACAAAUUAUUUGAUUCAUCAAGAUGUCUUUGAGCUUUUUUCUUUCAAGUGAUUUAGAUCUACUUUUGUUGUUUUGAAACUGCAAACAAAAAAGUUUUGUAGCAUCUUGACAUUGAAAUGAUCUGAUUUUUUUGUUCCAUCCAUAUUUUAUAGUUGAAUAAUGUUGAAUGUUUGAAUAUUUUUCAUAUUUAAACCAAGAAUGUAUACAGCCUAGAUAAAACGUAGAUCAUUUUAUGCACAAGUCACGACAGCUGGACAAUCAUUCCAGAAAUGCAAUGCAAUGCACAAUGAAACUAAUAACUCGUUACAUAGCCUUGAUGAACACGCUACUUUACAAUUUUUUUAUAGGAUUAACUUGAUCUCAAUCGUAACUACAGCUGUACUAAUGAUUAAUGUGAUGAUUAUUUUUGUAAGUUAACAGUAAAUCUUUUAGUCUAUAAAAUGUUUAAAAAUAAUGAACGACAGAUAUCACAAUUUCAGUCCAAAACCCAAAGACAUUCAGUUUCUUAUAAUGUUACAUUACAUUUCUUUACAUUACAAAUGACAUGUAGAGAAAAGGAAAAAAUCUUCACAUCUGAGAAGCUGGAACCGUCAAAUGAAAAAUGACUUAAAUAAUGAAUUGAUUUUCAAAAUAGUUUGAUUAGUUUUCUGUUGAUCGAUGCAUUGUUUCAGCUUUAAUCACAGUAUUACCAGCCUGACCAAUACUGGAUUUUAAUGUUGAUACCAAUAAAUACUUUUCAAAGUUUAAAAGUCAGAUAACAGUAUGUGGGCAGAUAUAUGCGUAUUUUAAUUUAAAUGCAUAACAAAACAUAAUAAAUGACUGAGAAAGACAUUCAGCAGUGGAAAAAUAAUCUUGCUAGUGCUCUCUGGCAGACAAACAAUCUAAUGGCGACAUAUUUUUGGCAUUUCUGUACUGCAGUUUACUAGUUACACACCAGCUGACGCAUACUGUAGAGCACGAUACCAGUACACCAUGCAAUAAGCUAAUAUCAGCUGCCCAACUAAAUGGUCAAGCUCUAAUUAUAACUUCAUCAAUGCAACUUUCUAUUACUUCUUUUUUCUUCCCACUUGAUGUAUCACCCUGUGAGCCUCACUGGCGCCAGUAUUUUCAAAGAUCACAGCACAUCACACAAUGCCUGCAGCAUUACAUGUGUAGAGAAACCCUGUGAUAAACAUGGCGGAGCUUCCAUAUGUUGUUGGUGAAACGGAGUCUGGACACAGAAUGUGUGAGCAAAGUGGAGAUAGGAAAGAGUUUGCUGUUUACCAAUAAGGUGAUGGUGUUUGCACUGGUGUUUGUUGUACUUUUGGGUGGUUUCCAAAAGCCGAGAACAAUGAAUUGAUGUUGUCUGGCAGAAUGAAUGUUUCAGUACUUUAUUUAAUGGGACAAGGUGAUGGAUAACGUGCUUAUGUAAUGUGUGGAGCUUUGCCAUGAAGUUAAUGUAACAAAGCCUUAGAUGACCCGUACGGAAAAUCUACCACUCGUGCCCUCGUUUGACAUUUGUUUUGAUGAUUAAUAUACAACGAUGAAAGAAGUUUACCGAUAAGCCUGUAUUGUAUGACAUCAAUUACUUAUCUAUAUUUAUGUUAUUUGAUAAAUAUUCUUAUUGAUAAUCAAUUGUUACUAAUAAACCACUGUUUAUUAUUGUA